CACAAGAUCUUUAGUGCUGAGUAACCGCCUCCAAACAGACACAAAGAGAUCAACUGAUCAUCUGUAUCACGGUUUAAAGAGGCAGGAUUUGACAGUGUAGCGCUCUUAUUCGCCGUCUUCUUUAUCAACCGACAGUCGAAUCCUCGGGCAGCGGCAGCAGCGCGGUCUGCAUAGUGGAAAAUGGGCAAAGAUUAUUACAAAAUACUGGGAAUCACGAAAGGAGCAUCAGACGACGAUAUCAAGAAGGCGUACAGAAAGCAGGCUUUGAAAUGGCAUCCUGACAAGAACAAGGCAGCCAACGCUGAAGAGAAAUUCAAGGAGGUCGCAGAGGCUUAUGAAGUUCUCAGCGAUCCAAAGAAACGAGAAAUAUACGACCAGUAUGGAGAAGAAGGUCUUAAAGGAGGUGGAGGAGCGUCCGACGGCCCAGGUGGCAACUUCACCUACACCUUCCAUGGAGACCCUCACGCGACAUUCGCCACGUUUUUCGGAGGAGCCAGUCCUUUUGAGGUAUUUUUUGGCAGGAAAGUCAACGGACGAGAUGAGGACGACAUGGAAGUGGACGGAAACGAUCCUUUUGGUUCCUUUACGAGUUUUAACAUAAAUGGAUUUCCACGCGAACGGCACGUAGGUCAAGGUGGCCCGCCACGCAGGAAGCAAGACCCGGCUAUCCACCACGAGCUCCGGGUGUCACUUGAGGAGGUUUUUCACGGAAGCACCAAACGCAUGAAAAUCUCACGGAAGCGCUUAAAUCCGGAUGGUCGAACCUUGAGAACCGAGGACAAAAUCCUCACUAUUGAGAUAAAGCGUGGCUGGAAAGAGGGAACCAAAAUCACAUUUCCACGGGAGGGUGACGAAACGCCUAAUACUAUCCCUGCCGAUAUUGUGUUUGUCAUUAAAGAUAAGCCUCACGGCCACUUUCGACGAGAGGGGUCUGAUAUUGUGUAUCCAGUCCGGGUCAGUCUGCGCCAGUCAUUGUGCGGCUGCUCCGUCACUGUGUCGACGAUAGAUGGUAAAACGUGCAAUAUGAAGAUAACCGACGUCAUCAAACCUGGCAUGAGGAAGGUCAUUGCUGGACAAGGACUGCCCUUCCCAAAGAACCCAGAGCAAAGAGGGGACCUCAUAGUGGAGUUUGAUGUGAACUUUCCUGAAAGCCUGCCAACUAAUGCCAAGGAUGUCCUGAAACGGCACUUACCGGUCUCAUAAGCUUGGACAAACUUUAGCAACAUUUCUACAAGAAAUUCAGUCCCUGAAUCAAAUUUUGAGAAUGUGCAAUUUCUAUUUUUAUUAACUAAAUGUUUGUUAAAUAUGUAUGUUAUAUAUCUAAAUACACACAUAUAUGAAUCAUGUUGCAUGACUGUGUAUGUCAGUGACAGUGCAAGCUUAAAGUGCAACCUGUUUUUUAUUUCCCUGCUUGAUUUACUGUUAUUUUUAUGCUUAAUUUGAAUUGUGCUGUAUGUAUUGUUUCAUAACGACAGUAUUCUAAAUGAUAUUGAUUUAUUUGUAUGCCUUUUCAAGUAAAUCUCACUUGUGCUGACAGAACUAAUACUUCAAUUCAAAUACUGUUAAUACUUCUCUCUAGAUGCACAAUAUGGUAUGACUUUAGUAGAUGAUGUUUUGGAGUGGUCCGUGUGGCUGUACCAUGGAUACUUGCCUUUAUUUAUGAAACUACAGCAUACAGCACGACUAAAAUAAUGCCUUUUCAGAUCUGAUAUGUCAGAUCUUUGUAAUUGUGAGCGACAUACUCACGUUAUGUAACUGUCUUUGACAGAGACCAAAAAUGGUUACAUGUGCUGUGGGUUCAUAGCAUACCUUGUUUAUGAUAUUUGGAGAACAUUUGCAUAAAUCAAAGUAUUAUACUUUAUAUUUUUACUCUGUAGCCUGUUGACUAGUGUUUUGUGUUUGGGAGUCUUGGUUACAUUUUUAGCCGAAUAAAACAGGAGUUACAGAA